GGUUAGACGUCAGUGUUUACAGACUGUAUGUCAAAUAUGGUAUUUUUGGUAUUUCAUUGUAAUUAAAACAAUAAUAUUUUUGGCAACUUACGCGUUGACGGUACGCGGUCGCACUAACCUUUUAAUGUUUUGGUCUAUUUUUUAUGUAAAUACUAGAAGAAUUACCAGAUAAAAUACACAACUAAAGGAUUUGGCGCACUUUAUUCAAAACAAUAUAAACGCUAAUAAUAAGUCUGACAAAAGUUGCCACACAAUUGCGCAAAUAAUAACAAUACAACCAUCGCCGCCAGAGGCAAAAGCCAUGAGCAAAGUGCGCAGGCUGUACCAUCAAAAAUAUCGUGAGGAUUGGGAACGAUUUCCAUCGUUUUCCGAGUGGCUUUGUCGUGGCGACGAUGGCUACUCGGCUCAUUGCAAAAUAUGCGACGCAAAUGUAUUGGCGCGUCUGGCAUCCAUUAAACAGCAUCACAAUACGGCCAAGCAUCAAAAGGCACUCAAAUGCCAUCAGCUUGGGUCAAAGAGCAUCCCCAUUAAAAUGGAGCCCGUCAUAAAGGAGGAGCCAAAACAAAUGCCACAAAAGUUUAUUUUCGCCACCAAGUCAAAACCAAAGAUCAUCAAACGUUCCAAAACGGAUAAAGUAGCGGAAAACAUUGAACAGACUCCUUUGGAGCCGGAUACAUGUUCCAAUGAUUCGAUACUGGAAGAUCUGUUGGGCAACGAUGAUAUGGAGCAACAAUAUCUACAGGAGAUUAGCGACACGGAAAUGGAACACGAUAUUAAGCCUGAAACCAUGCAAGACUUCAAAAUCGAUGAAAUGCAGGAUGACAAUCUAACAGAUGAUAAUAUUAUCAGCGAAUUUGAUCUAUUUGGCAAGAGCGUCUCUCUACAACUGAAUCACAUGGAGCUUGAGGAUGCUUUGCUUUGCCAGGAGCGUUUGCAGGUGGUGCUUACAGAAUUUCGACUUAAGAUCUUGAAACGCAAAUCAAAACGCAACUUUUAAAUAUAUCAAACUUAAACUUAUUAUCAAGCUAUAUAUAAUUAUAUAUAUAUUGACAAGCAUAACUAACUUAUACA